AUGCUCAGGCUCAGGCGAUCAGCUGCUUUUGGAAGGGUCCCCCUCUGUGCCAAGUGCCUUCCGAUGGGGAGUCAAUACUGGAUCGUGUCCCUGCCCCUCAAAGGGACCAAGGAAGCUGCCUGGUCCGCCGCGCAGGAGAAGAUCUCUCACACUUCAUUUGACACUCAAAUCUACAAGUUACACAUUCCUGAGCUACGUGUUGGCACACUUGACUCUCUCCUCGCAUUAAGUGAUGACCUUGUCAAGGUGAGCAGCACGGUAGAAAAUGUUGCAGGCAAGAUUAGGAGGCAACUCGACGAUCUGGACAGGGCCGGUGGAAGUGAAGUGACUGCCUUGUCCGUAGAUGGCAUUCCGGUGGACUCAUACAUCACCAGAUUUCAGUGGGAUGAAGCCAAGUACCCCAUCAUGUCACCGUUGAGGGAGAUCAUGACAUCCAUAACGGAUUCGGUGGUGAAACUAGAGGAUGAUCUGAAGAUCCGAGUCUCCGAGUACAAUGGUGUGAAGAGUCAGCUCAGCCAGAUCAACAGGAAAGCAACCGGAAGCUUGGCUGUGAAGGAUCUGUCCAGUAUUGUGAAGCCCGAAGACAUCGUCACGUCAGAGCACCUGGUCACGCUACUGGUUGUUGUUAGCCGUUUCACUGAGAAGGAGUGGCUCACAAAUUACGAGAGCCUCUCCCAGUUUGUGGUCCCCCGGUCUUCGACCAAGCUUGCAGAGGACAACGAGUACGCUCUUUACACGGUUGUCCUUUUCAAGAAGGUUGCGGACACCUUCAAGACGCACGCUCGUGAGAAGGGUUUCCAGGUGCGGGAGUUUGACUUCGACCCCGAGAACUUCGGGCAGCGGGAGGAGCAGCUGGAGAGGCUGCAGGCGGACAUGGACGGCAUGCGGAUAAGCCUCCAGCAGUGGUGUGCUGCCAGCUACGGCGAGGUUUUCAGCGGCUGGUUGCACAUGUGUGCUAUCAGAACCUUUGCCGAGAGCAUUCUGCGAUACGGACUUCCUCCGGCUUUCCUGUCUGUGGUCAUCAUUCCUUCCCUCAAGUCGGAGAAGAGGCUGCGGCAAGCUUUGGACCAGCUUGCAGGUGGCGACAAGAGCUCGCACUGGAAGUCUGGAGCCGAGGACGUCGUUCCGGGGCUUGUGAUGGAUACGGAUCUGUACCCUUAUGUCUCGCUUACCUUGAAUCUUGCCACGUGAUCUGCAAGCUGAAUUCUCGGCAGACCAAGGAUUCGGCUCGGACAAAGGUCAGAAUAGUUGGUGGACAAAGACAAAUCUUGAUUUGCCAUGUGAUUGGACCGACCGUUCGGCUGUCAACGGUGAUGCAGACUGGGCUAACCUGAAGCAGUAUCUGUGGCCCCCGGCAUGCUUUCUUGCUGCUCGAAUCUCCUGAUCCACAUAUUCGCCUUUCGAUUUCAAAGCACGCACCAAUGACAAGUCUGGCUUGUUGACAUACAAUCGAAGACGGUACUUGCCUCUGAGCUACAUAAAUCAAC